CUCUCGCGAGAAUUGCCAGGAAGUCGGUCAAGGGAGGAGGAAGAAGAAGAAGCGGAAGCGGAGGGUGGGAGAUUUCGAGGCUGCGGGAAGCCGGCCUGGUGAGAAAAGGGGAACGCCGACGAAGGGAGACCCGGAACCCCAAGACAAGGCCCGCCAUGGCCGAGACGGACCCCAAGACCGUGCAGGACCUCACGGCGGUGGUGCAGACCCUGUUGCAACAAAUGCAAGACAAGUUUCAGACCAUGUCGGACCAGAUCAUCGGCCGGAUUGAUGACAUGAGCUGUCGUAUCGAUGAUCUGGAGAAGAAUAUUGCGGAUCUCAUGACCCAGGCAGGGGUGGAGGAGCUGGAAGGCGAGAAUAAGACAACUGCCACCAAGACUUCAACUUGCCAAUAAUCUAUGAUGGGUGCUGAAAAGAAAUCUUUUUACAAAUCUACAGGGAUUUCAAGACUGUGUUUUUGUCAGUUUUCUGUUUUCAACUACUAGUAUGUAAAAGCAUUUUUCUACAGUGGUAGAUCUUGCAUUCUUCAUGUACCUUAUAUAGCUAGAUUUGGAAGUUUAUAAUCUGAUUGCUUGUAUACUGUGAGCUUCACACACUUUUUUUGAAUUACUACCUUCCUGAAACUUCAGUUACUAAAAGAAGUUUGAUGGCGUUUAGUGCAAAAUGCUAACAUGAUUUGUGGGGUUUUUUGAUGUUGAUUUAAAAAGAAGGAAAACACAUUCUGCUUUUGCUGUUUUGUAAUUCUGUUCACUGGGUGACUACAAAACCAUCAUACUUUCUGUGAGCCUGAACAACAGAUCUGUCAUAUGUUCAUGAGGCACCUUUUGGAAUCAAGCACAAGAAUGAAAAUGUGUUCUAAAA